GAGAGACAGGCAGGGCUGGGGGCUGGAGGGGAAGUGUUUGUAGUGACUAGCCCCAUAUCUAAUGGCCAUUGUGAGGGACCUCCCCCCAGCCCGAUAGCUACAGGUCUGGCCAGAGAGCCCUUAAUCCCCAGCAGGCCUUGGCCGUGGGUUCUGAUGUCGGCCCAUCAGUGCACCGCCCCCGCUCCUUGCCUCCCCAAAUGGCCCCCCAGCCAAGGCCAGAGCCGCCUGCCCGCCUGCUGGGCCCAGUGCUGCCUCAGCAGGUCCAGCAUGCUGGGCACCGCGAUCCUGCUGCUGGCCCUGCUCCCAGGGAUGACCACCUUGCCCAGCGAGUCAGCUGUGUCCCCGUUCCCCGCGGCGCCAGGGCCCAGGCUGCGCCGACCCCUUUUCAGUCUGGAGCUGUCGGACGCGGAGGACGCCUUCCCGCGCCGCGCGGGGCCGUUGGAGGUCCCGGCAGACAGCCGCGUGUUCGUGCAGGUACAGGCGCGGGGCUCACCGAGGCCGGGUGGCGGCCGGUGGGGGCAGCCGACCCUGACCGCGACCCCGCCCCCCAGGCGGCCCUGGCCCGUCCCUCCCCGCGCUGGGGCAUGGCCCUGCACCGCUGCUCGGUGACACCAUCCUCACGCCAGACCCCGGGCCCCGCCCUGGCGCUGCUGCGCGGGGGCUGUUCCGCCGACUCCUCGGUCACCUUCCCGCCACCGCGGCCGCUCCCAGGUGCCGCUCGCCCCGCGCGCUUCAGCUUCCGCCUGCGCCCGGUCUUCAACGCCUCUGUGCAGUUCCUGCACUGCCAGCUGAGCCGCUGCCGCCGCCUCCGGGGAGCCCGCCAGACGCCUGCGCCUCUGACGCUGUCUCCACCGUCGCCGUGUCUGCCUCGGGAUGAGGCGUGCGCGGGCGCCGGCAGUGGCCGCGAUGAGAGUCUGGGUGCCGACAGCCCUCACCUGCACACGCUGACGCAGCCCAUCGUGGUCACGGUGCCGCGGCUGCCCCCCAGGCCACCCAAGGGCGUCCCCGGCAGAGCCGUGCGACCCGAGCCUCCCGCGCCGGCCCCGGGGGUCCUGGAGCCCGCGCCGGUGGUAGCACUUGUGUUGGCCGCCUUCGUGCUGGGCGCCGCUCUGGCCGCCGGGCUCGGCCUCGUCUGCGCUCACUCAGCGCCCCUGCCCCCCGGCCCGCCCCCGAGAGCCUCGCCCAGCGGCCCCCCGCCCAGCAGGCCCCAGUGAGGCAGGUAAGUGUUGGCGGGAGGGAAGAGGGGGAGUGUAACCUGGGGCCGGUAGGACGGAUGGAGGAGGGAGGUGAUAAUGACUCUUCAUAGCGCGUUCUCUCUGCCAGGCGGAGUACCAAAUGUUUUACGCAUAUUAAUCCUUGUAACAAGCUUCAGGUAGAUACUCCUAUAAUCCUCAUAAUAGAUAUUUAAAAAUGAGGCACUCUCUGAAAUUAACUUGCCAAAGGUCACAAAAUUUGGUGGAGCUGGGAUUCUAAAUCACGUAGUGGGUGACUCGCGGCCGACUGAGGGCUUAGUGUCGUAAGAAAGGACCUCAACACCUCAGACAGGCACACUAGGCAAGGAGAAUUCGGGUUUCAGACCUAGCACCCACCCUCGCCCCGGCACACAGACUGAUGGGGCGGCCAAUGAUCGGUUGGGAAGGGGGUGACCUGCCGUAGCGUCCUCUACCCUGCUCAGCCUGAGUCGCCCCUCUCCAGAGAUAGCGCGCCCCCAACAGGGUCCGGAGACAUACCAGCCACAGCCUUGGACCAGGCCCGCCAGGACCUGAGACUCGAUGGGACUAAGAUCCCUGCGCCCCGCGCCCCCUCUUGCUCCUCCUCCCACCCUCCCACCUGGGUUCAGAAUAAACAUCUGGCCUGAACUGCAGCGUUCUGAAGUCUGCGUGCGCGCGUGGCGCGGGGGUGGGGAUUCCGGGGUGGAAAAGGUCCAGACUGGAGGGGUGGAGCUCUGGGGCGGGGCUCAUACGCCCUUAUAUAUACGUGUGCGGUUACCGCCCAGGGGAGCCCCAAGGGCAUUUUGUCCCACACAAAAAGGGGACACCCAACUCCACCAGCUUAAAUUUAAAAAUAAGCCUCGUCUCCUUCUCCACUCCUGCACCGCCCACCUGCUUUCUCAACCCCAGGAUUUCUCCGCUCUCCACUCCCACCGCCCGGACCCUGCCCUCGCUAGGGCCUCGAGCUCAGGCCUCUGCUCCAGUCUCCUCUCCGUCUAGCCUAAAGGUCCUUAAAUCCCUCCUGCCCGAGCUCCUGCCUCCCCAGAACGUAGACAAGGGGGUGACUAUUAGCUCCAUUUUACGGUUGAGGAAACUGAGGUUCGGCAAGGCCAAAUCACUUGCUCACCAGUCAGGGCUGGCCGACCCCACAGCCCAGGCUCUUGGCUACAAAGCACAUAAUAGGAGUUUCACAAGACGUAGUUCUGGAAGGGAGGGAGGGCACGAGAUCUAAGAACUUGGCUCCAGUUCACGAAUGAGAUAGAAUGCGGGCGGGGGGGUCUCGUUCGCCCCCGCCUCAGCUAGACGCCAGUCUCCCCAUU